UAAAUAAAUAUAAACAAAUUUGUGUAAUACAAUUUCGCAAUUUGUAGAAUAAAAACAAAAAAAUGAGCAACAGCGACGAGCAAAAGGAGGAAGCUGGGGGAGCUGAACCAUGUUCGUCACCCAAACCUCUUUCGGAUCCAAACAUUAUCUGCAAAGCAUUGAUCGCUAAAUUGAUUGAUAAAAAUGACGGACCGUCGCAACCCCGGCUAAAAAGAAAAUCGAAACCAAAGAAGAACAAUUCUGGAAAUGAUCAACGCUCAGGUUCUACUGUUAUAGAAAUCUCGGAAGACGAGAGCAACACGUCCUCGGGACCUUCCUCACCGGCACCACCAAAUGCACCACGACCUUUUGAAAAGAGCAACUUCUUAUAUGAAAAGAAAUCCAAGAAGAAAUACAAACAAGAGAAGGAAGAUUGGUGGAGGGACGAUGAUGUUCAACGUGAGAAACGCUUCCCGCACACUGGAACUGAUCACACCUAUAGUAAGCCUUAAGCUCGUUCUUGAAAACACUCGUUUUGAUCAAGUAUGAUUUAUG